AGGCCAUCCACAAUCCAUACCCCGCCGUUCAGAAAUCAUAUUUACAGACUCUUGCCCUUAUGAAUCCUAGCAUUCUAAUAACCAAUUGCCAUGUUUUAAUCCCAUAUACUUCCUUUGCUCGCCUCAGCCUGUAUCACCUAUGCUGCGAAUACCCCCAAUAUCACCAAUGGACUAGCACUGGCUCCCCCAAUGGGAUUCAGUAGCUGGAACAAUUUCGGAGACAACAUCAACGAAACCUUGUUCAAGCAGGUUAUCGAUUCUAUGGACCGAAAUGGCUUGAGAGAAGCCGGGUUCGUCUAUGUCAAUUUAGAUGAUGGCUGGCAGCGAUACAAAGGAGAUAGAAAAGAUCACCCUCUUGAGGCAGAUCCUGUCAAAUUUCCAUCAGGUAUCAAAGCGUUGGCGGACUACGCCCAUGGUAAGGGAUUCAAAUUGGGUAUCUAUAAUGGACCGGGAGAAACUACGUGUGCUGGCUACACAGGCAGUGCGAAUCAUGAGGCAGAGGAUGCUGCUAUGUUUGCAUCUUGGGGAAUUGAUCAUCUCAAGUACGAUGUAAGUGGGAACACUAUUCUUCCACUUCUUUUCUCUCGAGUUAUACUUGAUUUAUUCCUCAAUAACUUCCUAGCGUUUGUCAUAUGUAAAAUUCUGAGACUACUCUAGAGAGGCAGACCUGACAUUCCAUUCUCUAGGCUUGUUGCUCUCAUGAAAAUGCACCUCAAGAAGAGGUCAAAAAUGUGUUUCUGAAAAUGUCACUUGCCUUAAGGAAUCAAACUCACCCUAUAGUUUAUCACGCAUGUCAUUGCGGAUGGGCCAAUAUUUGGGAGUGGGCUGCUUCAGUGGGUGCAAAUCAAUGGCGGAUUGGUCAAGACAUUAGUGACGAUUUCAAUUACCCUGGAAACCGUCAGAAGUAUUUCUUUGAUGUCUUGGAUAUGUUGGAUAGAGGGAACAACCUCACUCAAUACACUGGCCCAGGGCAUUGGAAUGAUUAUGAUAUUAAGUGAGAUCUUCUGGGUGUAUUCCUAUGUUUUAAGCUUUUUGGGAGUAAGAAUUCUUAUUCCCAAAAUAUUCUUGAAUAUUUCUCGGGGAGAUAGACUGACUGGGAGAUCCUGAUGACACAGUGCUUAUUGUCGGGCUCAACGGUCAGAGUAGUCAGCUUCUGGGUACUGGAGCAUCAGACGUUGAGUACAGAUCUCAUUUCAGUCUAUGGGCAAUGGCCACUUCCCCACUUCUUAUCGGAGCAGACGCUCGUACUCUCAGCACCGAAACGUUAGAAACCCUCAUGAAUAAAGAAGUCAUCGAAUUGAGCCAAGACCUAAUGGGAGCCGCUGCAGAGGUGGUAAGAGAGGAGCCGGGAGAUGGAGGCACGUUACAAGUCUACGCCAAAGAAAUGUCCGACGGAAGUUAUGCUGUCGCGCUUCUAAAUCGUGGUUCAUCGACUGCUGAGAUGAGUGUAAGUCCACGAAGAGAUCUCACUAUAGACUGGGAUACGUAUCGACUACGCGAUUUAUGGAAGCACGAAGAUCAUGGCCCAUAUGAUAUUACCUAUACUACAGAGGUUAUGUCACACGAGGCGAAGGUCCUACGACUGUAUCCAAUCACGAACGGUUCUUCAACAUAGAUACUUCAAGAAGUGCAUUCUUGGGGAAAUGAGCAUUUCCAGAAACUUUCCUAAUUGCUAAGCGAGCUUGUUUGAUACUUUAAAGGGGCCUGGAGAGAGCAGAGCUGG